AUGAACGAUCCGCGUCUGAACAAUCUCCUGCGAUGGGGCGUCGAGAACUCCGAGGCCACGCGCAGCGACCCCGCGGCCGCCGGUGAACACAAGACCAACCUGACGCCUGAGAUGCUGGCUGCGUUGAUGGGCGGGCCGUCCGACGCCGAGCUCAUGCGCGAGGCGAUGCGGGCGGUCACGUCGGAAGAGACGGACCUGGAGAACAAGCUCACCGCGUUCGACAACUUCGAGCAGCUGGUCGAGCAGAUCGACAACGCCAACAACAUCGAAGCACUGGGCUUGUGGAAGCCGCUGCUGUCUCAGCUCGAAAGCGAAGAGGCCGAGCUCAGGAGGAUGGCCGCGUGGUGCGUUGGCACGGCCGUGCAGAACAACGUCAAGGCGCAGGAGAAGCUCCUCGAAUACGAUGCCAUUCCGACGAUCGCUAAGCUGGCCGUUGGAGAGCCCAACCAGGCCGCCCGUAAGAAGGCAAUCAACGCCCUCUCUUCCGCCACGAGGAAUUUUCAGCCUGGCCUUGAUGUCGCUAUACAGCACCUGCCCGAUUCAUACCAUGGCGGAAAGAAGUUGGACGCCACGUCCAUGGACGAUGUCGACUCCAUAAUUAGUAAGCUUCGCGAUGAGAACGCUGCAAAGGCAUAG